UUAACAAACAUUGUGAUUUAUAUGUACAGUUUUAUAUAUGGGUCAUCAUUUGGAAUACCCUAUUAAACCAGCAGCGAUUUUAACAUUUUAGUAGUGAGCAAGCAGGAUAUUGUUAUCAAGCAACAUGGAGAUACACGCACUCAUAUUCAUUGUCAUUUUUUCAAGUGGUUAAGUUUAAGUGAACUACUGUAUUUAUUUAGUAUCAAUUUUUACCUGUGAAUUUGGAGAUACUGUUUUAAAACAUUUGGACAUCAACAUUUGUUGCGCCUCACGCUUAGACUAGAUUGAAUUUGUAAAAGAAAAAGAAUUCAGGCCUUGAGGAAAUGAGAGAAUGUGAAGAAGAUUCAGAAGUUGACAUAUUACUUGAAAAUUAUCUAAGUUGUGAACAAAAAAUGGAUGACAUUUAAAAAGUUCUCAUUUUGUUCAGAUGUUUAAAAAUCAAAAAUAAGAUCAAUUAUUCUAGGACAAUAUAUAUUUCAGUUGCAAGCGGGAUGUUUUCAAACCUUUGAAGUAGAUAAGAUUGUUCAAAUAGCAAUAUACUGCCAUCUGCUAAUAUGGAGACUGCAGUCAAAGACAUCUUGCUUCUUUAUGAGGAAAAGGACACAAACGAAUGGACUAAAUAUUUUUUUGGCGAAUUUGAGCAAGCCAAACCUCAAAUUCAGUCAGUUAAUUCUGAGGAUGUUUGUACAAAUCUAGAUAAACUUGAAGCCCUAUGUCCUCACUAUGCUGUGAUAUGCAUUGUGCUCUCUAGUGAGAUGCUAAAAACUCUCAUAACAGUGGCAACACCAUUGUCACCCGUUCUUAAAGUCCAUGGCUGUGUUACACUGUUAAAAUUGUACUUGGAAGAAAAGGAUGAAACUGAACUUGGGAAAAAUGUGAUGCCCAAAUAUCCUGGAUCUAAGUCAUGGCAAGCAUUUGAAAUAAGCGAAGAAAAUACACAAGAAAAGGUGGCAAAAUCUUUAUCAUCUGUGAUUGAUCUGGUGCAAAAGGUCCAUAUGCAAAGGCAAAGAUCAGAGUCAUCUUCAGGAUCAUUGGGUUUGUCAAAAGGUGCAAAGCCAAAACAACCUCAUAUGAUAAACGCAAUAUGUCCAGAAAGUAUUAGACAGGGUGGUGAACAAGUGAUGGUGUGUCUUAACAAGUCGAUUCCUGAGAACACGGUGGUACAAGUUUGUGUCGGAGAAAAUGAUUUGGCUCCUAAAAUCGACACCAAGGUUCUUAACAAAUACACGUUCAGGUUUUCAGCACCAGAAAACAAAGCAGGUAUGAGCACUCUGUAUAUAUUCUUCGAUGGAGCAAAACAGUGCAAGAGACCGCUGAAGUAUUCUAACAUGCUUGAGUUUGCAUACACGUUCCCGGAAUUCCUGUGUCAGCUUAUUGGUUUGGACGUGGAUGAUCGAACAGGACUUGAUAGUUAUCUCACAAAUGUGUUCAAAUCCAGCAUACCAGAAGAUUCCUGUAUGGCCGAGAUGUUGAGACCAAAGAAUAUUGCAAAUGCUGCAGGCACACAUUCAAGUACAGAUGAACUUCCAACGCUGAUGCAUUUUGCCUGCAAAUAUGAACUGAGUUCCCUGUUGUCAAGCGUUCUAGAUGUGCCGGGAGCCACUGAAGUCCUAGAAAUAACCAACAACCAGGGGAAAACCGCGAUUGAUAUCGCUCGCGAAUCGGGGAAUACCGAGCUUGUGGAAUAUAUUGAAGUGUUUCAGGAAAUGGUCGACUACAACACGCAGAUUGAAGACCUAUAUGAGCAAAUGAAGCGGGGAAAAAUUGUUGGUGACCACAAGAUGGACGACGGUGUCCACAAUUUACCAGGAUUUAAGGGUUAUAUGAGAAUGACACCAAAUGCACCAGGCAGCGAUGGCUCAUACAUCUCUAAUAUCAGAUUACCUGAAUCUGAAUAUGAAUUUGGACAAAAGCCUAAUACGUAUCUGGAUUUUGAAGCUGACCUUGAUGAUUAUGAAAGAACAGAGAAAAUUGCUGCAAGCCGGGAAAGCAUUAAGGAGGUCGAUCCGGGUGACGAUAUUCACGAGUCGGAUAAGCCGCCAGCUGUUCCUGAGCGAACUUCAAGCCAGAAAAAGCCAGUAAAGCUAGCCCAUAAGCAAGUACCAUCCAUUCCUGAUGGGUAUAGAGAAAGCCCUCCUGUCCCAGCCCGUCGGACCAGUGACCACACCCAACAGGAAAGUGAUGAAGAAAAGGCUAUUCAGUAUGGCAUGCCGUUAGAUGACCCAUUUUUCAGCCCCUUACCACUCUCCCAGGAAGCAAUGGGUUCCUCCACUUUGGAAGAGCUAAAUGAAGUAAUGGGGAGCUUUAAACGAGGGGAGAUAACUCUUCAGGAUGUUGACAAACUGUACAGGGUAUGGAUUGAGAGAAACAGGCAUUCCUCCAAGUCUAUGAAGGAAAAAAAGAAACACUUGGAGCAUUUAAAGCAGGUAUAUGAUACAGUUGCAAAGGAUGAGAAGAAAAGCAGAGGCAUUUUCUCAAAGCUCACAUUACGGAAACCCAAACACGAGAAAAAUAUUCACAUAGAGCACCAUGUGGCUCCCCCAACCCACCCCAACAAUUACACAACCUGGGGCAUUAUGAAGGGUAGCCCAGGAAACAGGGACAGCACCUUGAGUACAGUCUCAAAUGCUUCCACCUCCAGUUCUGCAAGUUCCUCAAGUACCAGUUCGCGUGACAGCGCCCUUGGUGUGAUACCAGAUGACGAGGAUAUGCCAGUAACACGCAGAUCUUCAGAAAAAAAAGAGGAGGGAUUCAAGCGCCAGUCCUGGGGAAACAAGUACCUAGCCAAUAGACAACAGCAACCAGCCAAACUGCCAAAACCCCCGCCACACAAUCCAACAGUCCAUCAGUUGAUUACGAAACGUCCAACAGGAGCUACAGCGAAGACCCCGCCUGUACCUCCACGUAGAUGAUUGAGUAUUGGAAAAGAAGUCUUCUGUUGUUAUUUUCCAAUGUAUUAAAUGAGACUUUGUUUAUCAGAUUCUGACACUUAACACUGUUAAGACAGGCAACCAUAUGAUAGGGGAGACAAACCAGUUAAGCAAGCAAUAUAUUAAAACUUUGUUAUAUGGAACACUUAAGAGCAGAUAACUCAAACUAAGAAGUGAUUUCAGAGUUACAUGCAUUUUAUUUCCAACCAAAUUUCUUGCUGCACCAAGAUGUACAGCUAAGAAUAAGUGGGGCCGUACAAACAAUCCUGAAGAGUUUCUGCUAUAAAACCACAGUUUUGUGUCAUAAAAGUGGGAAGAUAACCAAUGCUUAUUUUUACAUGGAAAGUAUAGCGCCACUUUAUGUACCUUCGAUCCACACAUAGUUUGAAAAGAGUAUUCAAGAUUUUUAAUAAUCAUAUGUUAAGAUUUCAUUUACUUGUGUAUUUGAUGCACGCCUGAAGCAUUACUUUUAUUGUCAAAUGACCAAAUGAAAUUGGUAAAAUAUUGCUUUUUGUUUCAUUUACAUUUUGAUAUUUGCUUCUUCGUAAUUGAGAAUAUGGUAAAGUGUUAGCUCCUACUUUGUUUAUUUUUAAAAUAGCUUAAAACAAAGACAUAUUGUUCUGUUACUAAGUGUUCACAGUGUGCUACAUUUAUAUUAAAGUAGCAGGACAGAUGUAUCUUGUCUAACUCUGCAUCAUGUUACAUGUUUAUUUUCUGUUUAAAGUUUUGAAUUUACCAUUAUGAAUGUACAAAAGUUAUCUGUUUUUAAAACAAUGUAUUUUUUUUUUGUCAAUAAAGGCUAUUGCAAAGUU